UGGCGGCAGGCUCACCAUGCAUCGUCUCCGAAAAGAGUCCCGACAACGAACGACUCUUUAGGGAGCAUGACGAAAUAAUGGAUCUAUACGACUGAUGCAUGUGAACCGGCAUUUCGUAUAGAGGCUGGAAUGGUCUCUACCAGUCCAGCGAGUUCGAAAACAGAGGCCAUCCUUUAUUGGACGCCGGGUAUCGUCGUCAUCAUCAUCAUCAUAGACUCGAGUGGUGGUCCAUAGCUGCUGAGCUGCUGUACACAGGUCAUGCCCAAGCUUGUGGGUACUCCGAUAAGUAGCGUUGUGAGGAAGGAGGAGAGAGUCGUGCGCAGACUAUAUCUUUCCGUUCGAGCGUUUUAAAAAGGGGGGGGGAGGAGAUAGAGAGACACACACACAGAGAGAGAGAGAGAGAGAGAGAGAGAGAGAGAGAGAGAGAGAGAGAGAGAGAGAGAGAGAGAGAUUCCGUGCUUUUUCCAUGCUCAUGCUCUCCAAGAUUAAACAAGCAUUAUUAAGAUUUCGACAAAUUGUUAGUUUCCGUUUUUAAGUUGGGCGAUAUUCAACGUGGAUUGUGGCAUCAUUGUGCAGACUUGCAUCUAGUGGGAAAUGGCGGGCCUGAAGAUUGGAAAUGGCAGUGCUCACGAUUGUAGACGCCGGGCUCCGUGAUUUUUUUUUGUUUUUGAUUUAUUAUUUCUUUUAAUUGGGAAGCUAUAUCCAGAUUAGCAUUAGCACGCUCGCAGCUAGUCUGGCGAAAAGUCGUUGACUCAUUGGGGACGGCAAAACGUCUGAGGGGAUGUACUCACAGUUACUGUAGGACUUUUCAGAACGACUUCUGGACGUAAUUCCGGUCCGAUACAGCGAGUACAAGGCGUAGUUGUGGCCAGAUGCGUCAAAAUCUUGCAAAGGUUAAGCCUGCAAAGGGAAAAUAUUGAGGGGGGGAGAAAAAGAAGGGAAAAAAAAAACGAGUCUUCGGAGGUCAAAAUCUUGAGACAGAGGUGAUCAACUCAAAAUUAAAAAAAAAAAAAAAAAAAAAAAACGAUCGAACCAGAGGGGGCCUUACCUGUAGUCGGCGGUUUUUUUGGGUUAAUUAGGGGGAAAAGACUGAUCAGCUAAACCGGAGGAUCGCUAUGGCUUGGUAUGCCUGCUGCGGGUUUUGUAUCCCGACCCAAUUACUGCCGCUGCUGAUCGGGAUCGUUGCCACGUGGGACCUUCUCGCUAGCUCAUCGUGCGCAGAAGGAGCGGCUGCCAAGUUCAUGCCAGGUGUCUCGGUCGUCCGCAGGGACGACCGGAUGGGCGUGUCGUCGGCAGAAGCACGACCGGUCGGUAGCCCUGAUGGCAACCUCGAAGCCUCUGCAGGCCGGCGGGAACUGAUCUCCCUGCACCCGUUGUUUGUCAGGGAGAAGAGCGGGCCGCUGGUGAAGCACCCCGUUAUGCGUGCUACUGGUGAGGCUUAUUGGUGCGGAUCUGCUAUAUUCCAUCUCGUGGUGGCAGAACCCUCCCAAGUGGACAUGGAAGCGGAUAAGGCAAUGAUCUAUUAUGUCCUGGACGAGUUGUGCAUAGCCCCGAACGCAUCCAUCACAGACAGGGCGAUAUCCAUCAGGAACGCAAGUUUCUCUCUGGCUGAUCGAUCACCGUCUCUCUUGAAUGCUCAUGACAACAACACGCUCGUAACCUAUUGGUGGCCGGCUUCCUCGCCCAAUGGGACAAAGGUCUCCGAGCGGCAACUCCUGAAGUUGGGGUUGAAUAUGAGCUCUUGGGUGGCUGUCAAGACCGUCUUCUACUACGGCCUGGACUUGUCGAGAUCGCAGAGCAACCUGGUCGUCAGUUCUCAGCCCUACGAUGUUGGCCGCAUGCGCAUCAUCACCUCUGUCUCUGUGAUAGAUGGGUCGCGAUCGUCAAUCGAUCUGGGUUUGAGCUCGCUGGAGAGCUUGGCGCUCGAUCCCGCCAACAACACCCUGUACAUAUCCGACAACAUCGUGCCUUCGCCGAAGAUCCUCUCCGUGCCUGUGUCCGAAUCAGGUCUUCCCACAGCUCGGGGCGACCAGUCCCAGGUGCUCGGUACGUUUGGGGAUACCAAGGUCUCGUCGAUUCGUUUCGGUCCCAACAGCUUCGUCUCCGGCGGGAGUUGCAUGUACUUCCGCGACGACCAGCAGCAGCGCGUGUGGGGUUUCGAUCCCCGACGCUCCUCCUCCUCCUCCGACGCCACGCUCGUGGCAGGGUCGGGGCACGACGUGCAGAAUGUCGAUGACGCCAACACUACCUUCUACCGCAUGCAGGCGCUGGUAGCCACACCCGAUGGGUGCAAUCUCUUCGUCACGGACGAGAUGGGCGGGACUGGAAUGGUUCGAUGGCUGAAGCUAGAGCGGCCCUGUAGCCUGGCAACACGCGUGGAGGUGGUGGCCAAUCACACCGGCAUAGGGUCGUCCAGCUUGGCCUUACACGUAGCUGAGGGUCGGGUAAUUCUCUUUCUUGGCUCGUCAAAUGGCGACGUGUUUCAGCUGGUAAUCAACGAGGAGCUUCUAGGGGGUUGCGCCUCGGAUCCUCCCCCCCUCGGCAGCGGCAGCAGCCCGCCGCCAUCAUCGUCCCCCUCACUCCCCCUCCCCACUCCUUCACCUGCCGAAUCCCAGCCGAACCUGCUGAAAUCACCGUCCUCAUUCCCCCCCCCAACUCCAUCUUCCAAACCUAAAUCGAACCUAGCGCUCAUCAUCGCUCUGUCCUUGGGUGGAGUCGGCUUAACGACCGUCCUUGCCCUUCUAGGCGCUUUCUGCUACAAGAAGCAGGCUAGCGGACAGAAGUCGCGAUCCCGACUGGGUGAGCCGCAGGCUGGGCUAGCCUUCGCCAAUGCCUCCUCGAGGGCCAGCUCGUCGGUAACUGCCGCGUCGGGAUCUUCUCCAUCCGUCGGGAGCGGGAGCAUCGUGGACGGGUCAUCGUCGACCACUUCCGACGGUUUAAUGAGGCGCAAGCGAACGGAGCUCUCUCCGUCCAACGUGCAGCGCUUCGAGCUGAAGAGCUUGGCAGACUGCACGGACGACUUCCAUCCCUCCAAGCUCAUUGGCGACAAGGGGGCGUUCGGCAUAGUCUACAGGGGUUCCAUAGACGGCAGGGAGCUGGCCAUCAAGGUGAUGACGGGCGAGUUGACGGACGUCAAGAAGGCACAGUUCGUCGCAGAGGUGAACACUCUGAGCAGGUUGAACCAUGCCAACCUCGUCGAGCUCGUUGGGUUUUGUCAGGAGGGAGAGAAAUUCAUCUUGGUGUACCCUUACUACGCGGGGGGAAGUUUGCAGCAGCGAUUACACGCCGACACGAUACAGAAAGAGCAAGAACAGGGAGAAGAAGCACAAGGACAAGAAGCCGUCGGGCACAACAACGAGAACAAGCAUGAUUUUUCGCCGUUGACGAUAGAGGAGCGCAUGCGCAUCGCUUUCCAGAUUGCCAAGGGACUAAGCUACCUGCACGACGGUGCAAGGCCGGCGAUCAUUCACCGAGAUAUCAAGAGCAGCAACGUGCUGCUCGGGGAGGGAGAAGGGGACACGGUCAAGGCGGUCCUGGCCGACUUCGGCUUGGCGGCCAUCGGGGAGAGAGUGUUUGGCACGGGCUACGAGCACGCCGUGCAGACUUCGCACGUGGGGGGUACUUUCGGGUACAUGUCCCCCGAGUACAGGCUGUACGGCAAGCUGUCGGAGAAGAACGAUGUGUACUCCUUCGGCGUGCUUCUCCUCGAGCUGCUGACUGGGCGAAAGGCUGCCUGGCCGGCAGCAUCGGGGAUGGGAUGGGAGAUGCUGGCCACGUGGGUCGGUCCGUUCCUUUCAGGAGGAGGGGGUGAAGGAGAUAGGGAUAUCGAGGGGAUCCACGACAUGCCGUUUGCGAUUCUCGAUCCUUCCUGCCGCGACCAGGUGGCGCGUGAGCCUCCCGCCAAAACCAUGGUGAUCGAGGCCUUGUCCCUGGCGGGAGAUUGCGUCAACGAGCAAGGCAGGCAUCGGCCCGCCAUGAGCAUCGCGGUGCAACGCCUUCGCGCCACAUUGGCCUUGGAGAAAAGCGAGUUCUUCUUGUCGGAGAUCUCAUUCUUGGGGUACAUCGUCACGAUCGAUGGACUGAAACCGGAUCCGAGGCAGGUGGCAGCAGUUCAAGAAGCCCCGGCGCCGGUCACACUCACCCAGGUUCAGGCUUUUCUAGGGCUGGCAUCCUAUUACCGACGCUUCAUCAAGGGGUUCGCCGGUAUAGCGAAGCCCCUCACGAACCUGCUGAAGAAAGAGGAACAACUGAUCUGGACGCCAGAAUGCGAAGCGGCGUUUCAGGCGUUGAAAGAGGCUCUGACAUCUGCUCCUGUGUUGGCGCGUCCCGAUCCGACAAAACCGUUCGCACUGUACACCAACUGGCAGCCUCAGGCGAUAUCGGCGGUGCUGACUCAGCACGGGGCGGACAGAAGGGAACACGUCAUUGAGUAUCUGUCCAAGACGCUGAGCCAGGUGCAGGCUAAUUACGAAGCGUGCAAAGGCGAAUGUCUGGCGGUGGUGUGGGGGAUCCAGCAUUUCCGAUCGUAUCUUUAUGGCCAGAAAUUCGUGCUGGUAACAGAUCAUCAGUCGCUGAUGUCCCUAUGCAACAACACAGAUUACACGAGAACGCAGGGCAGGUGGGCGGUGCGUCAGCAAGACUAUAACUUCGACAUCCGCCAUCGUGCCACGCCGCAGCAUGGUAAUGCCGAUGGAUUGACGCGUCUCCUGCCGCCCAACAAGUGUCCCGCCAACGAGCGACUCAUUCCGUGGAGGCGAAGUCGCGACGACGAAACCACACUACGGGGAGCUGCACGUGCUGCGCAAGAACGACGCCUGAGUCCGGAAUGGAGGUUUCGACGGAGAUAGCAGACGCUAUCUCUUUGCCCUCAUCCAACUC